AGCGCGGCCAGCGCCGCUCCGGCAGAGGCGCCGGGAGCCGCAGGAUUACGGCGCUGGCACCGCGGGCGAGGACGGCGCUGCGGCGGCUGGAACGGCUCGGCUGCAGGUUAAACCUUGCCACCUGAGAGACUCAGACACACAGUUCUUGUGAGACAACCAGAAUUACUGAAUUCAGGAGACUGAAGAUGCUGCUGCUGCUGUGGGAGCAGCUGUUCCUGGUGUCAUUUGUUGGCUGCCUUGCAGAUGUGGAGAGCUCCAGGACGAGGAUGAGGAGCGCGGUGUCGGUGCGCGAAGGCCAGGGCGUCGUGCUGCUCUGUGGGACCCCUCCCCGGGCUGGAGACGUGUCCUUUGCCUGGAUCUUCAACGAGUACCCGUCGUUCGUGCAGGAGGACAGCCGGCGCUUCGUGUCGCAGGAGACGGGGCACCUGUACAUCGCCAAGGUGGAGCCCUCGGACGUGGGCAACUACACCUGCGUGGUGACCAGCAGGGCCAGCAGCAGCCCCACGCUGGGCUCCCCCACGCCCCUGGUGCUGCGCACCGACGGUGUGAUGGGGGAAUACGAGCCCAAAAUAGAAGUUCAGUUCCCUGAGACACUGGCAGCAGCCAAAGGCUCCACUGUGAAGCUGGAGUGCUUUGCACUAGGAAACCCCGUGCCUCAGAUUAACUGGAGAAGAACUGACGGGCUGCCAUUUCCAAGUAAAAUAAAGCUGAGGAAAUCCAAUGGCAUGAUUGAAAUCCCUAAUUUCCAACAGGAGGACGCAGGGCUCUAUGAAUGCAUCACUGAAAACUCCAGAGGCAAAAACAUUGCCAGAGGACGUCUCACUUAUUAUGCAAAGCCUCACUGGGUCCAGACCAUAAAGGAUGUGGAGGUUGCUGUGGAGGACACCUUGUACUGGGACUGCAGAGCAAGUGGGAAGCCCAAACCAUCCUACAGGUGGCUGAAGAAUGGGGAGCAGCUGGCAAUAGAGGGAAGGAUCCAAAUUGAAAAUGGUGCACUUACAAUAUCAAAUCUAAAUCUGACAGAUUCUGGCAGAUACCAGUGCAUAGCUGAAAAUAAACAUGGUGUCAUCUCUUCGAGUGCAGAGCUCAGGGUUGUAGCUUCUGCUCCAGAUUUUUCCAAGAGUCCAAUGAAGAAACUGAUCCAGGUUCAGAGAGGCAGCACAGUUGAUUUUGAGUGCAAACCCAAAGCUUUCCCUAAGGCCAAACGUUCCUGGAAGAAGGGAGGUGAGCAGCUACAGGAAAAUGAAAGGGUCAGUCUGUUAAAGGAUGGAGGACUGAGGAUAGCCAACGUCACCAAGGGGGAUGCUGGCAGCUACACCUGCCUGGCCACAAACCAGUUUGGAACAGCCAGGGGCUCCACCAGCUUGGUAGUUACAGAGCCAACCAGGAUCACCCUGGCACCUUCCAACAUGGAUGUCACCGUGGGGGAGAGCGUGGUGCUGCCCUGCCAGGUGCAGCACGAUCCCCUGCUGGACAUCAGCUUCACCUGGUACUUCAACGGGACCCUCACGGACUUCCAGAGGGACGCCUCGCACUUCGAGAAGGUUGGAGGGAGUGCAUCAGGGGAUUUAAUGAUCAGGAACAUCCAGCUGAAGCACAGUGGGAAGUACGUGUGCAUGGUGAAGACAGAGGUGGACAGUGUGGCCUCUGCUGCCGACCUCAUCGUGCGAGGCUCUCCUGGGCCCCCCGAGCACGUGAGGGUGGUCGAGGUCACGGACACCACUGCCCAGAUCUCCUGGCAGGAGGGCACGGACAACCACAGCCCCGUGACCACCUACAGCAUCCAGGCCAGGACUCCCUUCUCCGUGGGCUGGCAGCGAGCCACCACAGUUCCGGAUGUGAUCGACGGGAAAACCUUCACAAGCACAGUAGUGGAUUUAAAUCCUUGGGUUGAAUAUGAAUUUCGUGUAGUUGCCAGUAACAAAAUAGGAGGUGGAGAGCCUAGUUUGCCCUCAGAAAAAGUAAGAACUGAAGAGGCAGUUCCCGAAAUUCCCCCGUCUGAGGUCAGCGGGGGAGGCGGCAGCAGGUCUGAGCUGGUCAUAACGUGGGAUCCCGUCCCUGAGGAGCUGCAGAACGGGGAGGGGUUCGGGUACGUGGUGGCCUUCCGCCCCUCGGGCACCACGACGUGGAUCCAGACCGUGGUGACCUCUCCUGACGCGCCCAGAUACGUCUUCAGGAACGAGAGCAUCCUGCCCUUCUCGCCCUACGAGGUCAAAGUCGGCGUCUACAACAACAAGGGCGAGGGGCCCUUCAGCGCCGUGGCCACCGUGUUCUCAGCUGAGGAAGAGCCCAGCACAGCCCCCUCGGGAGUGUCUGCCACCAGCCUGUCCUCCUCAGCCAUCCAGGUGUCCUGGACAGCCAUCCCCUGGAAGAUGAGCAAUGGGAGGCUGCUGGGCUAUGAGGUUAGGUACUGGAAUAAAGGCCAAAAAGAAGAAUCUUCAAACAGAGUAAAAGCAGCAGGGAAUGAGACAUCAAUAAAAAUUACGGGGUUGAGGAGCAACUUGGCUUAUUACACAGCUGUGCGUGCCUACAACAGCGCUGGAGCAGGGCCCUUCAGUGCCACUGUCAAUGCCACCACCAAAAAGCCACCCCCCAGCCAACCUCCAGGGAACGUGGUGUGGAACGUCACCGACUCCAGGGUUGUGCUGAGCUGGGAGGAGGUCAGAGCCAUGGACAACGAGUCCGAGGUCACGGGGUACAAGGUUCUGUACAGGACCAGCAGCCAGAGCCGGGUGGAGGAGCUGACCACGGCCACGACCACGGCCGAGCUGUGGCUGCAGCUCAAGGACGAUUAUUUCAUCGAGGUCAGGGCCACCACGGAGGGGGGAGAUGGCAGCAGCAGCGAGCAGAUCCUCAUCCCCAGACUAGCCAGUAUGGAUGCAAGAGGUUCUGGCCCAUCUGUCUUGAGUAUCUUCAGUGUCUCCAGCUUCUUAGCAACAAUAUUUUCCUUGACCCUUAAUUCUGUGUUGUGCUGAUAUAUUUGCAUUUGCUGGGGAAAAAAAAAAAUUGGUUACUAAAGUGCAUUUUUUUAAAAACACUGCAGUGGUUAAUGCAUGUUUUUUCUUCUAUCCUGGCGUGUUUUUAAAUUCUUUAUAUUUCACUGUAAGUUGAAGUAAAAAUACCAUGUAAAGUUUAGCAAAUCCUUUAGAAAGGAAUCUAAAAUGCCUUAAUACUUGAACCAAAGGAGUUUACAUGUUACAUACUUCAGAUACAGUCUGAGAUAGACGGGGAGGGAUGGCACUGUGAGGUCAGGGCUGUGAGGGAGAGUGAGAAACCCCAUUUUUGCAGCAGCCCUGAAUUGUUCUGGGUCUGUCCUGCAUUGCUAAAAUAGCAUUUGACGUGGAAGGGGUGAAAUCAGAGCUGUGGCUGUUACCAGCUGGAGGGUAACACGACCACCCCGUGGCUGCUCCCAAGGCAGUGCCAUCACCCAGCAGUUCGGAUCAUUUUCCUGCUGCCCUUUGUGGGAGUUGCUCUAAAUGGAAAAAAAAAAUAAAAUCCCAAGAGAAAUCUCCAAAGAAAUCCCAUCUGGAGCAGGGCAAAGGCAGGGCCUCCACUGCUGCUCCUGAGGAAUUAUCUCCCAGCUGUGAUUGAGGAUGUUCUUGUGCACCUCUCAAAUACCCAGCAAAUUCUGAAAUCCAUGUGCUCAUCCCACCUCACCUUUCCCUAACCAGGUGCUUCCUUCAAAACCAGAUUCUCCCACCUGGAGGGUGAUUUCUUGUCCUCCUGCCCAGCUGGCAGCCCUGGUGAGCUGCAGGGGCACCACGGCCUUAGGAAGAGGGACAGCCACCCCCUCCCUCCCUCCCAGAGCUGCAUCCCCAAAUCCUCCUGCUCCUCUCCCUGCCCCCUGCACUGCAAACACCCUGAAUUCAGACCUGCAGGCAGACCUCUCCCUCCUGCUGCCCUGGAGCCAGUUCUGCUCUGUCCCACCUGCUGUCACAUCAGUCUGGGAAGUUCAUAGGAUAUUAAAAAAAAUGGUACAACAACACUUCAGGCUUGCUGUUGAAGAGAAAUCUGUGCUUUCUUUCAUGGCAGUAAAUUAAAGAUAAAUUAAUCCUGCUCCAUUUGACUUUUAAGAGUUGUGGCUUCAGUCACAUCAGCCUUUUAGACACCUUUUAGAGAGGUCACAGCAUCCCUGUUCAGCACAUGUUCACAUGACAUAAAGCAUCUCCUCUCAAAGACUGGGGUUUUUUUUUCAUUUCACAAUACUAUUACAAUACACACAGCUACAAAGGGAGAACCAGGAUCCAUAAAAUUAUGGUAGCACAGUAGAAAAAAAUACCUUGAUAUGCAUUCAGCUGGCAGAUGAGACAAAGAGCUGCUGAGGAAAGCAGGAGCUGUAUAUACUGUACAUAGAGAGCAUAAAAGAGUUAAAAAUUAGUUGCUUUUCCAUGUGGCUGACCAGUGUUGUUUUCAGACACUUGCAAACAGGGGGGUGGGUGGGACAUGGAAAUCCAGGUGUUCCUAGUGAGUAAAUAGUUAUAUUUCAUGCAACAAAGGGUGACUCUUGCUCUUGUUUCACAAAAUUCUAGUCCGGGUUCCUGUACUGCCCAUUUUUCAUGCGCUUACAUUGUAUUAUUACUUGAUUUCUAGUUCUAUAUCUCCAUGAGAUAUGUACCCAGUACCUUGUUUCAUAUUGAAAAGGUUGAAAUUUAUCCUUGAACUUCCAGUUGUGUGUGUAUCCUAUGGUUAUCUGUAUGCAUUCUUUUCUAUUGCUGUAAUAAAAUAUUUAUUACAUUGAGGGAUAAUAGAAAAUCUCAAAGUGUUA